AUGCGGCAACGGAUACACGUUUCAUGCCUCCUGGCUCCAAUCGCGCUCUUGGCUCUCCAUUGUUUCAAUAUUGGGCUUCCGCCAGCUGAUGCAUUGCGUCAAAAUGCUCAGUUUGGAGUGGAACGUCGGCCUUGGAUGAUUCAGACUCGAGGAGGAGCUGAAGAGGAAUCAUCGACCGAAACCAAGACGGAUCACAACGCGACUGUGGAAGAAUAUGUCGCGGCCAUGAAAGAAAAGGAUGGACAAGCUCGAAUGGAAGCAGCCAGUCAAAAGAAGGAAGCAUCACCAGGAAAUGAGAAAGCAACGGAAUCGGCAAAGACGGACACAUCAUCACCGGAAGAGACUUCGUCGUCGUCCUCCUCAGAUUCAGCGGUUUCGGCCGGUGUCGGUCUGAAAUCACCAUCUUCCCAUCGCAAAUCCAAUGCCGUAGGAGAUCCCGAUGGAGAUGACGACGAUGAUGACGAUGAUUCGGAAACUGAUUUUUCGGAUUUUAGUGAGGAAUGGGAAGAAUCAGUCGAGUUGAAUGGCCGCGAUUAUGAUCAUGACGACAUGAUGAAACCUCAGGUACAAUUUGAAGUGGUCAGUGAAGAAGAAGGACAAGACGAAACUAUUGAUUUGGAAUUGGAGGACGACGACGACGAUGAGGACGAAAUUGAUUUGGACAAUGGAUCGCAAGGUGGGGGUGUUCGCGUUCGCUUGGGACGGAUUCACAAUCGACGCAAGAAUCGCAAGGACAAACAACUCAAGGAAGAGGAGUCGCCCGAAGCCCUUCCCAAACCGGACAAAGACCACGGACUAGUGUUGGAAGCGUGGAUGCCCCACGUUUAUUUUCCACCAACGACUGCAGCGUUAUCCUAUCUAUCGGAAAAUGCCCGCCUCUUGGAUGCUUCGUCCAAGAAUCGAUUGGACCGACGAACCAUGUACGCGGCCUUGCUCUUGGAAUGGGGAUCCACCACGUCCAAAGUGUCGAGUCGAACUCGCAGAUAUCUUAGUGCAUCUUCUUCGCAACUACUUCAAGCGGCGCUAUCCAUGGCAACUCAACCACAAUGGAGACAAUCGGCACCUCGAACUAGUGGCAUUCGGUUGUAUCAAGAUGAAGAGACGACGGCCAAAAUGUCCACCUUGGGAAUGCAAGAAACAAUGGCAAUGGCACUGGCGCACUCUAUGGGAUGCGGAAUGUUGAUUUUGGACGACCAAAUUCUCAACAAGGUUCGCCAACACAUGAUUCGCAACGGGUUCUCCGAUGAUGCCGUCAAACCAGCCGUCUUGCUCCAAUCUUUGUUGAAUAUGGCGACGGAAGGCAAACUGAAAACCGCAAAGGGUAUGGCAACUGGAUCUAUUUCGUCUUGUAUGAAGCGCGACAUUGGACUGGGUUUGGAUGAUCCCUACGAUGAACGGGCAUUCAACAGUUUGGAAGAUAUGCGAAAGUGGGAGGAAAUAUGGGUGCGAACAGAAAAAGAUGAGCAGGAUGCAAAGGUCCAAAGCCAAAGCAGCGUGGUACUGGAAGGUGGCGACAAAAAAUCAGAGGAGUGUGAUGAUGACAACUCUGAUCCCAUGCCACUUCUAGUCUUUAUUCGAACGGGUGCCUCCAACUCCCUACUCAAGAGCAAAUCUGCCAUGGAAUUACUCAUCAAAGAAUGUACAUCGCCAGACAGCAUUCACUUGAUUACCUUGGGCAAGGGUAUUGAUGCUUCCACAACAACUCUCCCUAAGGAAGAAGAACCCAUGCCUGAAACUUCCAUGGAUUUUGACAGUGCUGGUAACAACAUGAAUAUGAACCAAAACAGCAACAUGCACAUGGGUCUUCCAGGACAACCACCCUUUCAUGGAUUCUCGAACCAAAAUCAGAAUGCAUCUGGUCAAUUCGAUCCUGAAGGAUCCAGGCGAUUCAACUUUUUCUUGGCUCGUACCAUUGAUCAAAAUGGCCAACCUGGACUACUUGGAGCCAUCGCUCCACCUCAAGCCGGUAACAUGUUCCCACACAUGAUGGCCAUGCAGGCACGUGAGCGACUCCAAGCUCAGGAUCCCGACUCACCUGCCAAGGCAGAAUUGGAACGAUGGGCCGAAAUGCUUCAAAGCAAUAUGGAGGCAGGUGAUGUCCCACCUCCUCAAUUCUUCAACGCUACUCUCGCAGAGCCUGGCCCUAACCAGGGAGGCAAGAAUCCUCCACCACCUCCACCAGAAGUCAUUGAGCAGACGCUACAGGCUGCCAUGACCGAACUGAUUGAUAGGUUUGCACAAAUGGCCGAAGAUGACGAACCAGCAGUCCCUGGAAAAGAGCUGUCGCCGGACUUGUACAAGGCCUUUGGUCAAGUUGUCCGCAACAACAGUCUUCGAAAGGGAAUUGCCGAGAACUUGAACUCGGCCGCCCGUGCCCUUUCGGACCCGAAAUGCCAAGGAGUCAUGUUGAGCGUCUAUGUUCCUCCCCCAAACCAACAAAUCUCUGGAACCUUUCCCCAACCAGGCCAACAGCCACAAGGCAACAACCAAAACCAAAAUGGUAUGAAUAACUGGUUCCAAAAGAUUUUGAGCAGUCAAGAUGAGGAAGGAAAUGAAGAUUCUGAAAAAAAGAAGCAAAAGCGAGUCCGCACCAUGGCUGCAGCUGCCGCCAUGAUGGCUUCCAACAAGAACCCGGGUGGCAAGAGCAAGAACUUUGAGACAAAGGCCAGUCGUAAUCUUGCCAGAUUGGAAUCCAUCUGUCGACCGAUUCCAGUUCCAGCCCCUGAAGAUCCUGUUCGAUCAAAGUCGUGGGAGUCCUGGAUUGCUCGCGAACGAGGUGCUGUGGUCUUCCGCAAGAACCGAAGCACAUUGAAUCAACAAUUGGAAGAUCGAAAGUUGGCGUUGGAACAACACACAGGAACACGUGGUGCUGGAUCGGCCUUGCGGCAAAUGCUCAGCGUCCGUGAUAUCACUGGCGAAAUCGAAGAAGUUGUCAAAUGCGCUGUUGAGUUGGAGGCUGCCAAGAGUCUGCGGCACCAUGAGACUUCAGAAGAGUCCCACAACCGAGAGGCAAAAUUGGAAUUAGAUAUUUCCUUGAGUCAAUUGAUUGUUGCGGAGGACGACACCGCCGAGAAGCAAGUGGAAAGUUCCAAACCCACCAAGGAGAGGGGCUCUGUACAGUUCAUCCACCCAUCCAGUUUGGAGACAGCAUUGACCAUGCGAUGUCGACUCAGUCCCUCGCCAUCCGGUGGACUUUCGGUUACUAGCUCGCCCAUUUCUCACCGAACCAAGGAAGAGAUCUCCUCCUUGGCACAAGACAAGCACGAGCGAGCGUUGAUAUCCCAAGUGGUGUCUCCUCAAGAUAUCGGUGUGACCUACGACAUGAUCGGUGGCCUCACCAACGUGAAGGAAUUGUUACGACAGAGCAUUACCUACCCUCUCAAAUUCCCGCACUUGUACAGCGAGGGAAUUGCUAGAGAGGCAGUCAAGGGUGUUCUGCUAUUUGGACCUCCCGGAACAGGGAAGACAAUGCUUGCUAAGGCAGUCGCAACCGAGGGUGGUGCCAGUUUCCUCAGCGUGGAUGCUUCCUCGGUCGAAAACAAAUGGCUUGGAGAGUCAGAAAAGAAUGCCAAGGCAGUCUUCACUUUGGCCCGGCGUCUCGCGCCUUGUGUCAUCUUCAUCGACGAGGUGGAUUCGCUCCUCUCCAGUCGAGAAGGAAGCUCGGACGACUCUGCUCAUGGAACCUUGACAAGUGUGAAGACAACGAUGAUGAGUGAAUGGGAUGGUUUGAACUCCGGAACAAAUGGAUCUGGAGAUCGCGUUGUCGUUAUUGGCUCAACAAAUAGACCAUUUGACUUGGAUGAAGCUGUUUUGCGACGAUUCCCACGACGUAUUCUGGUGGAUUUGCCAGAUCUGGAAACCCGACGAGAAAUCUUGGAAGUCACUCUAGCCGAAAACAGACUGGCAGCUAAUGUCAACUUUACUGAAAUUGCGGAACGCUUGGAAGGGUACACAGGAUCAGAUAUCAAGGAGGUUUGUCGCGAAGCCGUCGUUCAGAUUAGUCACGAACAAGCACGAUUGCUGGACCAAGGAUUUGCGAAUUCCGAUGAAGAUGUCACUGAAGGAUCACUGCAGCGACUGCGACCAGUCACUAUGGAUGAUUUUGAAUCGGCUCUCUCCAAGCUAAAGAGAAGUGUAUCCGAGAAGGGCCGAGAACUUGCUCGUGUAUGGGAAUGGAAUGACGAGUAUGGCGAGAUCAAGAAGGAGAAAUCGAAUCAUCUUCCUCAACUAAUGAACAUGUAUCUGUAA